AUGGACACGGCACGAAGAUACUUCUUUGGCCCGACACCAGAAGAGCAGAAACGAAAAUGUAACUCCCUCCUACGAUCCAACCAAAGAAAACUAGAUCGCGACCUCGCCGGCCUCAAAGUCCUCGAAUCCAAAACCCGAACGUUCAUCCUCCAGGCUAGCAAGCGUGCUCAGAAAAACCCCUCCCAGGCCGUCCAAGCAAGAAACGAGACUCGCAUCUUCGCCCGCGAACUGAUCCGGGUACGAAAGCAAGAGCAACGACUUGCGACUUCCAAAGCCACUCUUGCGAGCGUGGGCAUGCAGGUGAAUGAGGCAUUUGCCAUGAAGAAGAUCGAGGGAAGCAUCAAGAAUAGUACGGGAAUCAUGAAGGACGUCAAUAUGCUUGUCAAGCUGCCCGAGCUGACGGGGACGAUGAGAGAGCUGAGUCAGGAGUUGGUGAAGUCGGGGAUUAUUGAGGAGAUGGUUACUGAUACUCUGGAUAACGAUGCCGUCAUGGAGGGAGAGGACGAGGAGGCGGAGGAGGAAGUCGAUAAGGUGUUGGGUGAGAUCUUGAAAGAUCGUGUCCAGACUCCUGGUGCGCAAGUGCCUGACGAUGUGCCUGCUAUGCCUGCGCAGGCGGAGGAAGAGGAGUUGGACAGUGAGGAGAUGCUGGCGCAAAUGAGAGGAAGGCUGGAAGCACUGAAGAGCUGA